UCCGAUCUCAAUCUGAUUUUCUCCUCACUCCUCGACGAUGGCAUCUUCUAAAGUCUGCAGAUUAUCAUCAAAGAUACACUCUUUAACCCAGAGGCUUAGCAAGACGACGAAUGUUCACGCCUCGUCUAUACCCUCUCCCCUUAAAUCUUCGUUACCAUCGGCAGCAACUUCCCGUAUCAACCAAUCUUUUAGAAGAUCACCAGUGGAGCUGAGUAGCUGUGUGUCGCUGUUUCCGCUACACAGUGCUGUAGCAUCUGCUAGAUUGGUAUCAAGCUUGUCUGCUGAAUCUAUGAGCUGGGGUUUAGUUCCUCAAGGUAUUUCAAUGCCUUUAUGACAGUCUUUCAUCUUACAACAAGUUUCACUAGGGCGAUAAAAGACAUGAGAACAAAACUCUGUGGGUUGUAUCGCUUCUUUUUUUUAAAUCUCUUAUUAAAUCCGAAAGAUCCUGAAUUUGGACAGGUUUAUCCUCAAAACUCUGCUUCAAGUCUCGAGCUAUCUUUUUCGCCUAAUAUACAAUUCUUGGUUAUCAACAAUUGAGUGUAUCAGUGUCAUUUUAUUUGGCAAGAUUGUAGUUUUCAUGCAAA